AGUGAACCUUUGCGCAGCAACAAAACAAAUCAGGCGAAUGGCUCUGAACAUGACCAAGCCAUGUUUUUAGACUUUUUUUGUCUUCAAUUCUAUGGAUAUCCUCAUCAUCUUUUCCUCUCCGUGUUGUCCUCCUUUCCUUUUCUUCUUGACUCAACAUCAUCAUCAUCAUCAUCCUCAUCUUUACUGUUUAUUAUAAGAAGAGAAAACGAGUGAGAAAAAGGAAGACAGGGAAGAAAGAGAGGAAGAAAAAGGUGAGCAAGAUCCUGAGAAUGAGUAACACUUCAACCAACAGACAAUCAAACACACAACACAGAAGGCAUAUUGUGAUACUCAAAUGUUUUCCCUUUUUCUAGUCAACAUUUCUAAUCAUCAUCAUUAUCCAAGUGUUUUACAGUUAAUUAUUAUUUUUUGCUGUCAUUCGCUUCUUCUCCCAAUUACACUUUGUAUUGGGUUAAAUGAUCAACACUGCUCGAAACAGCUUUCAUUCAAUUCAACAAUGUCACUUUCCUAAAAUAACAAAAUCAUCAUUUCUAUUUCAACCAUCAUAACCAUCAUAAUUAUCUUCAUCAUCAACAUUACCCUACUCAUCAACAUAAUUAUUUGGUAAACAACUAUAACAGUUAAUGUACCGAUCUGGUUUCAUCAUGUGUUUACUGUCCUAUGUUAUUUGGUGUCUCUUUUGAUCUCUACCUUUUUAUACCAUUCACCUAAUACUUUUCAGUGAUUCAAUUUUGUUCGUAAUGUGAUUUUGUAAAAUGAUGAUUGUUAGAAGAACGGAAAUGAAAGAAUCUUGAUUAAUUAGUGAUUGUAAUUGUAAACACCUUUAACUGGCUCUAAUCACCAACAACUACCGUGAAUACCAACAGUGACCAUCAAUAGACCUUCAAUUUUACUCUAUUCCUUUUUAUCAACGUUGUCUUCUGUUGUCAACUCAAUUGGUGAUUAAAAUUAAAACUUUGAUUGGUCAAUUUACUGUGCUACCUCAUUAGUUAACCAUUUAAACAAUUCAAUUACAGUUGAAAAGAGUUUAUUCAAAAGGUUUACCUAUUGCUCUUGGUAUACAAGUUACCAGAAUGAUUUUCAAACCAUGAGAGUUUCUUAUGGUUUCUUCAAACUGCUCCAUUCAAUUUUGUGAUCAUCUUAACUUAUCUUCAACUCAAUUUAAUCUAUCUUAUAAAUCUUCAUCAUGCAUCUUCUUCCUGCUUCUCUGCUUUCAUAUGGUUACUAAUUCAUCUGAGAAUCUCUUUUGGUUACCCAGAUCGAUCAUUUUUCUGGUUUUAUUUCCUCUAAAUAAUAUAAAUCAAUGAAGUCUCCCAAAGUACAUGUUAUAUAAUACGAAAAGUAAAAGCCAAAUUUGUUACAACAACCAAAAUAGAGUUCCUUCAUGUUUGAAAUGUUUUGUAAAACAAAUUAAUGUAUAUCUAAUAUGUAAAUAUUAAUAGUGAUAUUUUUCAUAUGUGAUGCCGGUGUAUGCUAUUAACCACGAUCACAGUCACCAUUUUAUAAAUGCCAGGUAUUAUUGUGUUCAAAAGACGUUGGAGUAUUGGCUCUGAUGAUCUUAUUGUACCUGCUACAGUACUCUUCAUUGUACACACUGUUUGGCUAAUCGUUCUCUCAUUGAUUUUGGUGUCUGGCGAGAAGAAGGAAUGGCGAUUACAAUGUAUGAUCGAUCUCCACGAGCACAUAGUUGGCUAUGCCAUUAUCCUAAUUGGCUGCCUAAUAGUGGAACUAUUCAUAGCCUGGGUCAGUCUAAGAGGAACCAUUUUGGAAACCGAACCAAGAUCUUCCAUGCAGUAUCUACUUUAUGUAAGACUGGGAAUUCUUGCCGUUGAAAUAUUCUGGUUAAUAAUGGGUAUCUUCUGGAUCCGUAAACAUUACGAUACUUGUACUCCUGGUUUCCCUCGAGAUGCCAUUCUGGUCAUUAUUGUAUGCAAUUUUUGUAUAAUUGCGUCCGUUUUUGUUACCAUUUGGUGUACCUUUGAUACUGCUGGACGUUCCUGGGUUAAGAUGCAGCGUUACCAGAAUAGCCUGAAAGAUGGUCAAAGUAAAUAUAGGUACAAGCGAUCGGGUAACUCUCAUCGUAAUUGGCGUCACAGUUCUAGGAAUACUCCUGACCUUUUAUCAGAUUUACGAAGGAAAGCGAUGAGACAAUAUCAGGACAGUUGGAACCGUCGCUGUGAACUUUUAUUUUGUUGUCUUGGUAAAUCUGAUAGGCGUCAGAAUUCUUUUGCUGAAAUUGCCAAAUUAUUAUCAGAAUUUUUUCGAGACUUGGAUGUGGUGCCUUCUGAUGUUAUCGCAGGUCUUAUAUUGACUCGGCGACAGCAAAAAAAUCAAAGUUCAAUUGUAGUCCGUGAAUCUGCCAAUAAAACGUACCAAUUCCUUUCGGGUUUACCCAUUACACCGGAGACUCGAUUCCUUGAUGUAACCCAUUACGCAGUUGUCCAAGACAUUAAAACACUAAUCCAUUAUAGUCAUUAUGCCAUAGCAGUAUAUGGCUGGCCUAUUUAUCUUAUGGAAAACAAGGCAAUCGGAUGUUUCCAGCUUUGUCCCUAUUUAAGAUGUUCAACCUGCCUUUCAUCAUCUUCAUCAUCAUAUUCAUCUUGCUACAAUUGUUUCAACUCAUUUUGCUGUUGUCCUUGCCUAAACCGUUGCUCACCAUCAAAACCAUCAACAGACGCCUUUAAUAAUCGUAAAUCAUCAACAUCAUCAGCAACUCCUCAACCUUCAACUCCACCAAUACCUGUUGAACCCAUAAUCAUGGGUGACAACUGCUGUGGGUGUAAUUAUGCUGCCCUCCAAAGGAUCUGUCAAACUCACAAUCUUGAAAUAAUUUAUGCCACAUAUCAUGUUGAAAUUGCUGAACCUCCCUUUUUCGUGGCUCUUGACUAUGAUAGACGAACCAUUGUAAUUGCCAUUAGAGGAACUCUUUCCCUUCAAGAUGUUAUGACUGAUUUAAAUGCGGAAGGUGAUUUACUUCCAACCAAUCCAAGUCGCGACAAUUGGCUUGGACACAAAGGAAUGGUUGAAGCAGCUGUAUAUAUUAAGAAAAAGUUGACCGAUGAACGAAUACUGGAACAAGCCUUAACCCACAAUCCACUGAAAGGCACUCACAAUUUUUCUCUAGUCUUGGUGGGUCAUUCCCUUGGAGCUGGAACUGCGGCUAUUUUGGCCAUUCUACUUAAAGAAAUUUAUCCUGAUCUAGUCUGUUAUGCAUUUUCUCCUCCCGGUGGACUCCUCUCUUUACCCGCCGUUGAAUAUACCAAGCAUUUUAUUACCUCAGUAGUAUUGGGUAAAGACGUUGUUCCUAGGUUAGGUUUACAUCAAAUGGAAAGCCUUCGGUUUGAUUUGAUAAAUGCCAUUAAACAAUCAAAAGAUCCAAAAUGGAAGACAAUUGGUUUAAGCUUUUGCUGUUGCACUAUUGAUCCAGAAACUGAUUCAUUAAAUAGUAAAGAGUCUGAUAUUGAAUUUGGAAGUAAACAGGAAUCGCUUAAAUUGGACACUUUAUCAAUUACAGCCGGUGAAAAGGAACUCUCAGCUCAUCCUGACGAUUCUUCAAUUGCUUUAACUGUUCAUCAACCUCUUUAUCCUCCUGGAAAAAUUAUUCAUAUUGUACGGAAUCAUCCAAAGAAAAAAGAAGCUUCCAAGAACAAAAGUUGGAGGAACAUUGUUGGUAAAAAGGAAGCCGUUUAUCAAGCAUUGUGGGUCGAUAAUACGGAAUAUGAUCAGAUAAUUAUAUCGCCAGUAAUGAUUCAAGAUCAUAUGCCAGACAAAGUGUUGGAAGCACUGGAAAGACUUUUAAUCAACACUGGUCCACCCAAGCCGAUUCGCCAUGUAAUGACAAACAAUGUUGACUUGAUUUCUCGCCCUUUAUUAACCUAUCCAAGUGGAACCAUUACACCUGAUUCAUUGGAUCGAACACCUUCUCAUAGAUUAGUAUUGGAAACAUCAUUCACCGAUUUACAGCCUGUUGGCUUGGACCUUGAAGAUCCUAAAUUGAUUCCUGCCUAUUCAUGUUCAACUGUUGGUUCCAGUAGAUUCACUUCUAGACCCACCCUGUUAACAGCUCUUCGUAAAAGUCGUAAAAUUGAUUUGAUUCGAGACGAUUGGAUUGGUAUGGCUCCUUUAGCGUCACCUGAAGGUCUCAGUGAAUCAUCCAGUAUUUCAUCUCGAAGUGCUUUCAUUAAAGGUGCAAAUGGAGGAGUUGGUGGAACAGAUGAAAGGAUUAAUCUUAAUGUUAACUCAUUGUCAAAUUAUUCUGCUCUUGAACGUAUUGACCGAGCAUCUUUUUACUCUGCUAAACCUUCUGCUUCUUCUGAUGGUCAGUCUAAUUCAACUAAUGGAGAGAAGGAGGUUAAGAAGACCAAGGAAGAUGAAAGAAAAGAGGAAAGUAAAGGUUCUCUGGUCUCUUCUUCAGGACCAUCAAAUGUUUCAAGUGAUUGUCAACAAAUAACUUCACAUACCACUCCAUCUACUUCUCCAAUUUACAUUCCAUCACCAACAGGGAGUGGACUUGAUCUUGAUCCAAAUGCUUUGUUUGACUCUUUGAUUGCCAAAUACGAUGACCAGAGAAGACAAAAUAAAGCAGAAGAUUCUGUUGAUCCAUCGACAAAUGGGUUGGGAGAUCAUGAAGCUUUCUCAUCUGGAGCCUCAGUAAAGUCAACAGAUACUGUUGCUUUGAAUGACCUUAACCAUUCCGAAGGAGAUGUGAUUCGAGGAGAGGAAAGUGACAUAGAAGGUUGCUGUCUGUCUCGAGCUAGUCUUUUAAGUGGCAUUCGUGAAACUCGGGUAAACAUUGGUGAUAAUGAAACGUGUUUUUCACCAUCAACCAACUAUUGUCACAGCUUGAGCAGCAUGGAUGAUUCACAAUCAUCAAAUGAAACUUUACCACCACUGAGACGCUCUCAUGAAGAGAUAAAUUUAAAUUGUUUAGAGGAUGAUGUUCCAGUUUUCCGUCAAGAAAUUCGCACUCAUUCAGCGACAGCUUCUCUCAAAUCCAGUGAAACUGAUCUUUCACCCAAAUCAAGGCUGCUUUUUCAAAAAUUGCGAGCCAUUGAAUCACCAGCUGAUGAACUACCUGCCUGUGAUGCCUUCCAAGUUUAACUCUAAUUUACUAAAUAAUUAAUCAAAAUGUUGGACUAAUUCAGGACAAAUGUAUUUUUCAUUAUUUUCAUGAAGAAAGCUAAAGAUCAGGACCAAAGAAAAUGAGGCAAAAAAUGAAACUCAAUUCAAGCUCAGAUAAUUUAUUCGCCUAAUUUAUAUUCCAUCAAUUAUAUUGAUUAAUGGAAUAGUUCAGAAUAAUUCAAGUAAUCUCACCAACUAUUAAUACUGGUAAUUUUGUCUAUAUUUAAUCCAAAGGAGCUUAAUUGAUGAAAUGUUGGCAUAAACAAUCAGUUGAAUAGUUUUUGUCUUGAAUUUAUGCUCAGUUUUUUGCAUGUUUUUAACGAUUGUUGAUUGCCAAAUAAAAACUCUGAGAGUUAAUAAUCGAGUUGAUCUUCACCAUUCUCAUCUUUUACCAUAAUUUUGAUUAACUCAAUUGUCUAAAAAUAACGUUCAAAAUGGAAAUGAUCUUCAAUUUAACUUUCUUUCAAAGAAAACCUUUUCCUCUGAAAAUCGGACAUUUUGUGAUAGUAAACCAAUAAUCAAUGAAUAAAAUUCUCAAUUGACAUUAUCAAGUAAAUCCAAUUGAUAAUUAACUCCAACUGGACCAGCUGAUUUGCUUAAACAAUUAAAGAAACCAAUGUAAAUUUUUUUAUCCACCAAGUGGAUAUUUUAUCAGCUAACUGUUUCUAGUGAAAGUUAGUUAUUAAUCAAAAUUGAUUGCUUAUAAAGAAACUAAAUUUUCUUCAAAUUCAGUUUUUACACCAAACACACUUAUAACUAAUUAAAGUAAUUUUAUGUUUUUA